ACGGACGACCGUAUGAACGCGUGUGAGCUGGAGGAGAGAUCGGACCGCUGACGCGCUUCGUAUUGGCGUUUCGCUCGGCUUUCCUGCUGCCCCCGUUUCUUUCUCUUUCUCCUCGUCUCUCUCGCACACACACACACACACACACACACACACUCGAGCUGUGUUGGGAACUGAUCUAACAUGGCGACUGUACCAGUGUAUUGCAUCUGCAGAUUACCGUACGACGUAAACCAGUUCAUGAUCGAGUGCGAUGCCUGCAAGGACUGGUUUCACGGCAGCUGUGUGGAAGUUGACGAAGAUGAUGCACCUGACAUCGACAUUUACCACUGCCCCAACUGUGAGAAAACACACGGCAAAUCCACCAUGAAAAAGAAAAAGAACUGGAAUAAACAUGACACGGGACAAAGCGGGGAUGUCAAACCGGUUCAGAACGGCAGUCAGGUGUUCAUAAAAGAGCUGCGCAGCAGGACAUUUCCCAGCUCAGAGGAUGUGGUGGUCAAACUCAGUGGCAGUCAGCUCACCUUGGACUACUUAGAAGAAAACGGCUUCAACGAGCCCAUUCUGAUCCAGAAGAAAGAUGGAUUGGGGAUGACCAUGCCUUCUCCCACCUUCUACGUCAGUGACGUGGAAAACUAUGUCGGCCCUGACGUUCCUGUGGAUAUUGUUGACGUGCCCAAACAGACGAACAGCAAAAUGAAGCUAAAGGAAUUUGUGGAUUUCUAUUACAGCACAAACAGAAAGAAAGUGCUAAAUGUCAUCAAUCUGGAGUUCUCUGACACAAGGAUGGCCAGUAUUGUGGAGAGUCCACAGAUUGUAAGGAGGUUAUCAUGGGUGGAGAACUACUGGCCUGACGAUGCUCUGCUUGGGAAGCCCAAAGUCACCAAAUACUGUCUGAUCUGCGUGAAGGACAGCUACACCGACUUCCACAUUGAAUGUGCCGGUGCCUCUGUGUGGUACCACGUCCUGAAGGGUGAGAAGAUCUUUUUCCUGAUCAAACCCACCUCAGCCAACCUGUCACUGUACGAGCGCUGGAGAUCAUCGUCCAACCACUCUGAGAUGUUCUUUGCUGAUCAAGUGGACAAGUGCUACAAAUGCACGCUGAAGCAGGGCCAGACACUCUUCAUUCCAUCAGGUUGGAUUAAUGCAGUACUGACACCAGUGGACUCUCUAGCCUUUGCUGGUCACUUUGUCCAUAAUCUAAGUGUGGAGAUGCAGAUGAGGGCUUAUGAGGUGGAAAAAAGGCUUAAGGUUGCAAGUCUUACUCCAUUUCCCAACUUUGAGACAGCGUGCUGGUACACAGGGAGGUACUACCUGGAGAGAUUUAAAAGUUUACAUAGGACGAAUAAACAACCAGCAGCUUACCUAGUACACGGUGCCAAAAUUAUCAAUGGAGCCUUCAGGUCAUGGACUAAAAAACAGGCUCUUUUAGAACAUGAAGAUGAGCUUCCUGAAAACAUGAAGCCAUCACAGCUCAUUAAGGACCUUGCCAAAGAGAUUCGAACUGCUGAGAAUGCAACUAAAGCCAUAAAGAGUGAGUCGAGCAACUCCAAACCCCCAGCAGAGGAGCCUCCAUCAGCCCCUUCAGAACCGGAUGAACCCAUGUCUCCGACCAGUAUGUCUCCACCUCCAGACAAAACAGCCAGAAAAAAAGAACCCAAGCCUUCUAAACCUCCAAAACCACCUAAAAUGCCCAAGGCCCCCAAGCCCCCUAAGGUUCCUAAAGUGAUGGAAGGUGGUAAAAAGAAAGUAAAGAAAGUGAAAGAAGACGGUCUGCCGGAGAAAAAGCCUUCCAGUUUGGCAGCUCUGGAAUCCCAUGCAAAAGACAUCCUGAGUAAGAUGGAUCAGCCCAAAAAAGUAAAGCCUCCAAAGAGCAUGAUGAGCUUCAUGGAGAAAGACACGACGAAGCAGAACGACGUUAAGAAGUUUGAGCUACGGGAACCAAACAAAAACAAAACAGAAGCAAAAUGGAAAUACAAGAAUAGUAAACCAGAUUCAUUACUGAAAAUGGAAGAAGAGCACAAAUUAGAAAAAACACCUCUAGGACAUAAAGACAAUAAAUUUUCCUUUUCGUUGUCCAGCAAGAAAUUUUUGGGGGCGAAGACGCUUAAGUCGCCGACCAACUCCAGUUUCUUUGGCUCCUUACAGAAUGUCAAAGAAGACAAACCUAAGCCAGUACGAGACGAGUAUGAGUACGUUUCUGAUGAAGGCGAGCUCAAAAUUGACGAGUUCCCAAUCAGGAGAAAAAAGGCUCCCGUUAAGAGGGACUUUUCCUUUUUAUCAAACAUCAAAGCGUCGGAGCCAAUCCAGACAACAAAAAAGCCAAAAAUGGAACCCGUGAAUAUUAAGAGUGCAGAAUCUUCAGAUGAAGAGUCGCUUCACAUAGACACAGACGCCAAGCCAGACGUCAAGGGCCGCAAUUCCAAAACAUGCAAAAAGAAAGCAGGAAGUUCAGCAGGGAUCUUGGAUCUCCUGCAGGCCAGCAAGCAAGUGGGUGGCAUUGACUACAGUAACAACAGUCAGCCACCUGCAUCACCCAGCACGCAGGAAGCCAUCCAGGGCAUGUUGUCCAUGGCUAACCUGCAGUCCUCAGAUGCCUGUCUGCAGCCAGCAUGGAACAAUAGCCAGGCCAAGAACAACUCGCACAGCGGGACAGCCGGUAAAAAACCUCCGGCAGCCAGCAACAGCAAGCGUCCCCCGGCCAAACGGCCUCCCAAAAAACCACGUAAAAGCAGCAGCGUGGACAGCGGUGACAUGUUCGACGACGAUGACGACCAGGACCACCUGGAAGCCUGCUUUAAGGACUCGGACUACGUUUACCCCUCUUUGGAGUCUGAAGAGGACAGUCCCAUUUUUAAAUCCCGGUCGAAGAAAAGGAAAAGCUCUGAUGACACUCCAUACAGUCCGACAGCACGAGUUGGACCGUCUGUACCACGACACGAAAGACCAGCGCGUGAAGGUGCACGGGUUGCGUCCAUAGAAACCGGGCUGGCUGCUGCCGCCGCCAAAUUGUCUCAUCAGGAAGAGCAAAGGAUCAAGAAGAAAAAGACCAUCAAAAAGAAGCCCUUGGUUAUAGAAGAGCCUCAGAGACAUUCGCAUGACAGUAGUCCUCCAGAUUCGACUCCAGACUCGGAGAGCAACGCAGGCGACCAAGAUUACAGCCCCACCGCAGGCAAGAUCGCAGGUGUCGGCUCACAGCCCAUGGCUCCGGGGGUAUUCCUUAAUCAGAGACGCCCUUCCACGUCUUCUCCCAACAAUGGCUCAGCACAGCCAGCAAAAGUAGAGCGAGGCAGCUCCACAGAUGCCAAAGCCAAGCGGCUCAAGAAAGGCAUGGCCACAGCCAAACAGAGACUGGGAAAAAUCCUAAAGAUCCAUCGAAACGGGAAGCUCCUUCUGUAACACUAACGGCGGAGGAGAUUUGACAUUUUCUCCCGAGGUUCUGAUGGACACGGACAGCUUGGACUAGCCGAUCGGAUCCCUUUCGUUUCUGUGGAAAUGAACAGCAAGGACUGAAAGACGGAAGACGAGCGCGUCAGUCACGCAUCUCUUUUUCCAAUUCUAAGAGCCUAGCUCCGAAAAGGUUUUUGCUUUUACUUAUACUUUAUAACUUUCAGAUAUUAAAAAAUGUACAGAAUACCUGCUAUUAAUAUUUUGUAAGGAAAAAAAAUGUCUCGUUUUACUACAGGUGUCAGUUUUUUCAGGGGUUGCUAAGAUAUUAUGAAAUAAUAAAUAGCAGUCAUUCCAAGAUAAAGAAAGUAUCCCUUGCAUGUAUACAGUUGCGUGCAUGCAUCUGUUAAAAAAGGGUUUGGGACAAAUGAUUUUUUUUUAUUUGGAUGUGGCUUAUCAUUGUCUUUCAAUGUUAAAUAAGUAUUACUGGACACUUUUCCUUUCCUUCGAGUAAUGAACGCCCUUAACGAGUCAAGCGCCCUACAUUAGUUCUGCUUGAGGACUUUUUGUAAGCAUUAUCUUCAUUUAUUUGCUGAGCACUAUCACUGAUCUAACUAUUUAUUGAUCUAAUAUAACUUCUACGUCAUAGAUAGACGCCAAAAGGCACUUAAAACAUCAACGAAGCACAAUGACGUGAUAUUGUGAGUUGUCUUUUUAUAACGACUACUGUGAACAAUUAAAUGUUUCUUUUAUAGACA